UGGCCUCGCGGGAAGGGGGAGGGGCGGGCGAACACGCCCCCCCCCCCACGUGGGACCGCGGCGGUGGGGGCCGAGUGCGGCUGAGCUGAGUCUUGCCCGGAUCAUGCCGAAGCGGAAAUGCAAAUUUACCGAGGAGCUCCAGGCCAAAUACCCCUGCUUCCGCGUGGGCCGGGAGAGAUGGGAGGCCGAGUGCUUGGUGUGCCAGGAGGGCACCUACGUCUCCGUGGCCAACAAGGGCUCCCUCGACCUGGAAGCCCACGUGCAGUCCAUGAAGCACAAGAGGAACGUGCUGGGGGGCAGCUCGGCGGCCAAGCUGGCCGGCUGCUUCCUCCCUGCUGACUGCCAGCCCUUCGACGUGGCAUCCGAAAACGCCCUGGGCUUCUCCACCACCGUGCUCCAGGACUGCUGCGACUCCCUGGCCGGCUCGCCCGGCUUGGCCAAGAUGCCUGAGCCUGGUGUAGACGUGUUGGGCUUGCAGAUCAAGACGGAGGCGAGGUUGGAGGAAGCACUGGCUCCCUUCGGGUUGGACCAUGGUGCGGGGGACCCGCUGGACGGGGUCCCGUUCUGCGGGGUGGCCCUGGGUGUCAGCGCCGGUGACGGAGGGACGCCGUUUCCCAUCCAAAUCCGGUAUUUUGACUGGAAGAGGGGUGGUCUGCAAACAAGGGUGAUGGCCGUGGAGCCGGAGCCGGGCGAGGCGGUGCCUUCCGCCGCUGCCAUGCUCGCUUGGGAGAUCUUGGAAAGGCACGGCCUGCGUCAGAAAUGCGUCGCGAUAGUGGGCGACAGCCGUAACGCCAUGUUCGGGGGGCUCGGGCCGGCCGAUGGCCCGGCCGACGUCCCCGGGCUGCGGGAGCUGCUGAAAGGUGCUUUCAUCGCCACCGACUGCCCUGCGCACAUCCUCAGCAAUUGCAUCCAACACGGGGCAGAUAGCCUGGAGGUCGACAUCCAGUCCAUCGUCUGGAAGAUCUACACCUACGUCUCCGUCUACGCCGUGUGGACGGAGCCGCUGAAAGACUUCUUGGAGUUCGCCAAAAGGGAGUACCGGCGGUUGCUGUAUUACGGCAGGACGCCCUGGCUGCUGCUGCUCCCGGCGGUCACCCGGCUGCUUCAAGCGUUCCCAGCCUUGAAAUCUUUCUUCCUCUCCCUUAACAAGCCCCCCUCUGCCAUCAAGAGCUUCUUCGAGGACGACUUCAGCGAGAUCUACCUGCAGCACCUGGCCUCGCAGGUGUCCGUCUUCGACAUGCACCUCAAAACCCUGGCGAGGGAGGACAACUCCCUCUCGGAGGUGCUCAGUGUCCUGGCCUCGGUCCGUCGCGCCCUCCUGGAGCGCCAAGCCCACAAUUUCAUGUCGCUGCGGGUGAAGGAGCUGCUGGCGGAGAGGCGUGCCGCUGGGAGGGACGAGCAGUGCGACGGUUUCUGCCGCUGCGUGCAGAGCCUCUACGUGGCUUUCAUCGAGUACCUGGACGCCCAAACGGGGCAGUUUGACGCGCUCUCUUGUUUCCAGUGGAUGCAGCUGCGGGGACCUCCGUCGUGGGAGGACGUGGAGGCCUGCAUCAAGUACUUGGCGGACCAUGGGGUUGUGGUGGAUGACAGUAAAUGCUUUGACCAGUUCUGCCACCUCAUCACCUUCCUGAGGGACUGCAAAAGCAGCAGCGAUUUCGGUGUCCUGCAAACCCACCAGAAAUGGGUAUGCUUCUUCAGCAGCUCCCGCAGCCUGGCUGGCCACUCGGAGCUCCUGAAGAUGGCUCAGGUUUUCUUCGCCAUCCCCUCUUGUGGGGCCGACUUCCCAAGGGGGCUUUUCCUUACGUGAAGCCUGCAGGACCAGGCGUGGAUCUGUCAUUUCUGGGGAAGGCAUCCCCUUGGCCGGGCUAAGAGGAAGCUUGUGGCAUACAGAGAUUCUUCUGCAGUGAUAGACCCUAUCUCUAUUUUUUUUUUUAAUCGGUCAGGCAACCGGGAAGGAAUAGUUGUCAGUGUUUUUAAGGGUUGUACGCAAUUCGCAAGAGAGGUGAUUUUGCUCUUGUGGAUGCCUUGUGCAAAUAAAUACUUCUGGCGUGCAUGAACA